AUGACCGUAGACACCAAUGCGGUGGCGGCAUCGCUGCCGCCGAAGCGAUCGGUCCAUGAGACCAACAGUUCUAUAGGUUCAACGCCAGCCCGAACAUCUACGCCACCUCCGCCGCCAUCAGAUCGAGGACGAUUGCAAGCGAGACACAAUGGCGACUACGGCAACAACUUGAGGAGCGCAAGACAUAGUGGGCUGAUCAGUGAGGGACUGGGCAACAGUGGGGUAGAUCCUGACAUUCUAUCACGAGCUCUAUCGCGAGAGCUGUCUGUCGAGCAUCGAGAUAGCAGCACAUCUGGACCUAGCCCCAGCCGGAAGCGGCAAAGGAUAAACGGCGAUAGAUUCAUCCCCUCACGUUCAGGUCAGGACCUGCAAGCCAGCUUCAGCCUCCUACAUGAGGAGGGAUCGCCAGCCACCCCAUCCAGACAGAAGAAACGUACUCCUCAUGGUGAGUUGCAUUUCCAAAGAACCGAGGAAGCCAACCGGACGUUCUCAACCUUGCUACGAUCUGAGCUGUUUGAAAAUACGAUACCUCAGGCAACACCAUCCACUCUGUCGCCCGAGGCCAAUAUGCCAGGCUCAAACUACUCUACGCGUGUGCAUGAUCCAACACGAUCGCACACGCCUCCGAGCAACGCACCUCCAGCUCUGCCCUCAUCUUUUACCCCCUCAACCCCCCACAAGAAUUUGUUUUCAUAUAUGUCACCCCGCCAUCAUAGCAACAAUGCUGGCCACCCAACACCAUCCAGAACGCCCCAGAGCCGGCAUGGCCCGAACCUUGAUACGAGAUCUGAUAUAUAUAGCCUGUCGCCUGUUCGCUUUGGCAGUCAACAAAUGCUUCUAAGCCCCAGACGACAACCCCGUGCCGUCAGCAAAGUCCCCUACAAGGUCCUAGACGCACCAGAACUAGCCGACGAUUUUUAUUUGAAUUUGGUAGAUUGGGGCAGUGCCAAUGUGCUGGGUGUGGGGCUCGGCUCCAGCGUGUACAUGUGGAACGCGCAGACCAGUCGAGUUAACAAACUGUGUACUCUGGAUGAUGACACCGUUACGAGUGUGUCAUGGAUACAGAAGGGAACGCACAUUGCUAUUGGUACCGGAAAGGGCCUGGUGCAAAUAUGGGAUGCCGAGAAGUCGCGCCGUCUGCGAACCAUGACCGGCCACACGGCUCGCGUCGGAUCGCUGGCAUGGAACAGCCACGUGCUGACCUCAGGAUCACGAGACCGCUUGAUAUACCAUCGCGACGUUCGAGCACCGGAUCAAUGGAUGCGGAAGCUCAUGGGCCACAAGCAGGAGGUUUGUGGGCUGAAGUGGAACUGCGACGAUGGUCAAUUAGCCAGUGGGGGAAACGACAACAAGCUGAUGGUCUGGGAUAAGCUCUCGGAAACACCACUUUGGAAGUUCUCUGACCACACCGCGGCUGUGAAGGCAAUAGCCUGGUCGCCGCACCAAAGAGGCCUCCUCGCUUCCGGAGGUGGUACUGCUGAUAGGAGAAUUAUUUUCCAUGACACAGUCCGCGGAACCGUCAUCAACGAGGUUGACACAGGGAGCCAGGUCUGCAAUCUUGCAUGGUCCAAGAACUCCAAUGAGAUUGUUUCGACUCAUGGCUACAGUCAAAACCAGAUCGUUGUUUGGAAGUACCCCAGCAUGACUCAAGUAGUUAGUCUCACAGGUCACACUUAUCGGGUGCUGUACCUGGCGAUGAGCCCGGAUGGUCGUACCGUCGUGACGGGUGCUGGUGACGAGACACUCCGUUUCUGGACUGUGUUUGGACGAAGACCAGGUGCACGAGAAGACAGCGACGGUGGUGGGGGCCGACUGGCUGACUGGGGCGUCAUCCGUUGA